UGGAUAAAAUAAAAAUCGAAAUGAUUUCUUUAUUAUAGAUUAUGGAAUUUACAUUCGAGCACUACCAUCUUUGUCAUACGACAGAAGAAAUGUGUAUACGAUGACGAUAUCAUGUGAUGACACGAAAGACACAGUGACAUCAACUUUCAGAGUGUACAUUCUUAGGAAUUCGGCACCUGUAUUUACAAACUUACAAGCAUCAGUAAGUGUAUCCACGACCGCUACAGUGGGAACUAACGUCUAUACAGUGACGUCAUUCGAUGCUGAAAAUGACCAACUAUUUUACAACAUGUCAUGUAUUCCAGACCAUUGCCCUUUCACAAUCUUUCAGUCUGGUGAUGUUCGAGUUUCUUCUGACCUUCACGAUGUCAAUGUGACCGGAUAUGACCUUUACAUCUAUGUCUAUGACGGAAUAACUUUAGUUGGACCUAAAACCCUCACAGUAAUAUUCCCAUCAUUAAACUCCGCACCAGUCAUUAUCAAUCUACCCUUGAUGUCUGACGUCAUAGUGGCUGAAAACGCGCCUCUUGGAUCCUCGGUGUUCCAAGUGUCCUAUACAGACCGUAAUAUUGGGGAUAGCCACGUGAUCACUGCUUCUUUUACCCCAACGUCAGGAAGCAGCCUUUACAGUAUGAACACAAGUAGUGGACUGAUUUCCACCUCACCAACGGUGAACAUUAACUACGAAACGUUGUCUGUGACGUCAUAUUUGAUUCACGUUAUGGUGUAUGAUGGGAUUGCGUAUACAACAAGUUCUCUAACUGUUACAAUAGCUGACGUCAAUGAAGCCCCGUCCUUCUCCAAAAACCUCUACUACGCCAAUGGCGAUGAAGGCUCAGCAGGUACCAGUUUCGGAACGCCUUCCUUUGACGUGAAUGACCCGGACGCACUUUCAACUCACACAUACAGCAUUGGGUGUCCUGAAUUUGACAUUGAGAAAAACACCGGAGAACUUAUAUUAGCGGUGGACUACGACCUUGACAAAUCCACCAACCCGUCCAACGUCACGUGUGUAGUGACGGUAUCAGAUGGUGACCUUAUUGGCACCGCCACUGUUGCUAUAACAAUCAAUGACGUCAACGACAAUGCGCCAUUUUUUGGUCUUCCAUCGUACACUUUUUACGUGUCCCGAACCUCAGCACACGGUACUCAGCUGGGGUCAAUCAGUGCAACAGACAGAGACGCGGGAGAGUACGGGGGAAUAACCUAUGCACUGGACCAGGCAGUCCUGGGUUCUGAGUAUUUCAGCGUGGAUUCUACCGGGGGCGUGUAUGUAAAGCAGAGUCUGGACUCGUUUUCAGCCGGACAGGCCCUGUCCCUCACUGCUACCGUCACAGACACAGGGGGGUUGACAGACUCUGUUGCCAUCACAAUAGUAAUUAUCGAGACUACCACAGUCGCCAUCCCAACCACCACUGACCGCCACAUCCGGUUUCUGGAGGACCCCCGUAACGUCGCCUGGCUGUCUGCGUCUUGUGCUGUGUUUGGGGGACUGGGACUGUUCAUAAUAUACCUUGUGGCCCGAUAUGGAAGCAUCGCACAGCUCAAAAAGUGGUGCCGGAGAUCGCGCCCAUCUAAGACUGUUCCAAGGGAUUCACAAACCUUCAGAGAUGUAGAGCGAAAUAACAGAACCAAACCAGAAUGGAGGGGCAAUGACCGGAAGUACCGAUCCCUGCAUGAGCAACCCUGGACAACGUCCAUCCAAAUGAACUGAAAAGGACAUGGAGCAGUGAUCAAUUCAGGCGAAAUAAAACUGUGCAAAUUACGAAAACCAAUCAAAAUUUUAAUCCAAGAAAACCUUCGCUAAACUAGAAUGUAAAAAUCUUGAAAAUGGCUAUUUUCAAAAAUAAUGUUUAAACAUUUAUGUCAAUAAAAGUUUCCAGACAGCAUUUCA